UGUGCAGUGAACAACUGGUCGUAACAUUGAUGUGGAUGUCUGACACUGUUUGGAAGAGUAAGAAGAGGAAGCAGCCAUGUCAGAGAAGAAGCCACGAGGCUCGGACACGCGACCCAAAUCUGGCCUCCGCAGUUGGAGUGCAGACAGUUAUGUUUGGCGGCGGAAGAAACGCUCCCGGAGCUCUCGCAACGGGUCGAGUCCCGGAGGGCUGGAGGCGGAGGGAACGGAGGAGCUGGGCGUGCGGUCGACAUCCUGUCCGAGGCGGCGCAGAGAGAGAAAGUGUAGCUGCUGCGCUCUCGGCGACGCAUUGACGUCCGCAGACAUUGAUGUGGUGUGUCGGAAGGCCUUGUCCCGACGCUCUCUGCGGCAGAAGUUUCAGGAUGCUGUGGGCCAGUGUUUUCCUCUGCGCUCUCACCAUCAUCACCACCAUCAUCAUCACCACCUUCCAUCGGGAUCCUCGCGACCCUUCUCGGUGCUCUUCUGGUCCAAACGCAAGAUCCACGUCUCAGAGCUCAUGCAGGACAAGUGUCCCUUCUCGCCCAAAUCCGAACUGGCCCGAUGUUGGCACCUUGUAAAAAAUAACACCACCCACCCAAGUGCCCUCAAGGACAUGGAGGCUCCCCUCAAACCCAAUGUCUCAUCCUCUUCUACCUCCACGCCACAGACACCUCUCUCCUGGGAGGACAUCUGCUGCUCUCCUGGGCCUGGAGGCACUAGUCUGGAGGACUGGGACCCUUCUUGUCCUCACGGGGGAGCAGAGGGCAGCUGUGGCCACACCGACUACAUCCUGGUCCCGGAUCUCCUCCAGAUCAACAACAGCUCCUGUUACUGGGGUGUGUUGAACCGCUUCGAGGCGGAGGAGCUGCUGGAGGGCAAACCGGAGGGGACGUUUCUGCUCCGGGACUCUGCCCAGGAUGAGUUCCUCUUCUCGGUCAGCUUCCGUCGCUACAGCCGCUCCCUGCACGCACGCAUCGAGCAGAACGACAAGCGUUUCAGCUUCGACGUGCGCGACCCGUGCAUGUACCGGGACCCCAGUGUGACAGGACUGCUGAGGCACUACAGCGACCCGGCCACCUGCCUCUUCUUUGAGCCUCUCCUCUCCCAGCCGCUACCAAGGUCCUUCCCUUUCACCCUCCAGCACCUCUGCAGGGUUGUGAUCUGUAGCCGCACCACCUACCAGGGCAUAGACAACCUGCUGCUGCCUCCUCAGCUCAGGGACUACCUCCAACAGUACCACAUCAAGUGUGAUGGGGCCUGCGCUGUGUGACAUGUCCAAAGCAGGCCUCAUACCGUGGAGGGGCAAACAAAGGCAGGAUCUCUUGGCAAAGAGGCCGUUUGAAUUUCAAGUAGCUUCGCUGUUGCAGAUCUUUGAGGUCUAAAAGGUGCAGAACUGGAGAGUUCUUUAAGGUCUUUGUUGAUCUUGAUCUUCAAACAGAUCCAUAUACUGUGGGAACACAUGGACGUAAUGCGUCUUCUUUCAGUGUUAAGGAAGGAUUUGAAACCUUGGAUCUUGACAGCGUCUGGAGACAAGUCAAGAUACGCUGAGAAACCUGUAAUGAAGCAAACAUUCUCCAGAACACUUGCCUUAAUAUCCUUAAUGGUGUAAAGAUUCUCACAAAGACAUUAAACUUUAACCCUCAUUUUCUUUGUGGAAUAUUGACUUCUGAUGUUGGAGCAUUUCCCCCCUUUGAUUUCAAGUCAAUCUGUUGGAAAUCAUGUGGGCAUCUAUGAUCUCUAGAGGCCACUAGAGGAACUGCACCUUUUCUGAUUUCAAUGGCUGAGUGGAGUAAUAAUAAUGAUAAUACAUUUUAUUUGUAUAGCGCUUUAAAAGGUA